AGGAAGAGCCACUCUGGGUGCAGUUCAUGUUAGCCUAAGUGUUAGCAGGCAUCGCUGAGAAGCGGUUCCAAGUGUCUGGUUUUAAGACUAAUUUCUGUCCACUAAACCAGAGUUAGGAGUUGUAAUCGAGGCUCUCCGACGACUGCUCCGCCAAGAUGAGCUUCCUGUUUGGCAGUCGCUCAUCCAAGACCUUCAAGCCGAAGAAGAACAUCCCAGAGGGCUCCCACCAGUAUGAGCUGCUGAAACACGCUGAGGCAACCCUGGGCAGUGGAAACUUGAGACAGGCUGUCAUGUUGCCUGAGGGAGAGGAUCUCAAUGAGUGGAUUGCUGUCAACACGGUAGAUUUCUUCAACCAGAUCAACAUGCUGUAUGGCACCAUUACUGAGUUCUGCACUGAGACCAGCUGCUCUGUUAUGUCUGCGGGACCAAGAUAUGAGUAUCACUGGGCUGAUGGCACCAAUAUUAAGAAGCCUAUCAAAUGCUCCGCGCCCAAGUACAUCGACUACCUGAUGACCUGGGUGCAGGAUCAACUGGACGAUGAGACACUUUUCCCCUCCAAGAUAGGAGUUCCCUUUCCGAAGAACUUCAUGUCUGUGGCCAAAACCAUCCUGAAGCGUCUGUUCAGGGUUUACGCUCACAUCUACCACCAACAUUUUGACUCUGUGAUGCAGCUGCAGGAGGAGGCCCACCUCAACACCUCCUUCAAGCACUUCAUUUUCUUUGUUCAGGAGUUCAACCUUAUCGACAGGCGAGAGCUUGCUCCCCUGCAGGACUUGAUCGAGAAGCUUGGAUCCAAGGACAGAUAGACAUUUCAUCACACAUUUCCCUUUUUUUUUCUUUUUCUCCUUUGCUCCCUCUCUGUUGCCUCUGCUACCUCUACGACUUCUAGUCUCAACUCUUAAAAUCUGUGCCUUCUUCUUUUCAUUUCCCAAAUGUUUGUACUGUACAUUUUCCUUUUAUUCCUUCUGGUUUUUUUAUACUGUCUUUGAGGCAUUUGUUCCAUUUUGCCACUCAAGAUCAUUUAAAUUGUGUAGUGUAGAAAGAAUAUUUUUUCACAGGACUGUGGUUAACGACUCUGUCAGAGCAACCUACUGAAUGUUAUAUUGGACCAAGGACAUUUGGAAGUUAAAGUGAAAACCAGGUUGUUUUUUUUUUUCUCUUUCAGAAGUUGGUAUAGACUUUUGAUUGUCUAAACACGUUGUAGUUAUUAAUAGGCAAUGUAUUUUCUGUUAACUUUUAGCUAUUGAAAUUACGGUGACUAACCAAAUAUCCCAAUCUUAGCUUUUUGUUUUUUUUUUUCAAUGUCUGUAGUGUGAAAGAUGGCAAAAGUAGUGACAUGAAGCAGGCGUUUUGGUGGACGUGUGAGGACCGUACAAAAGCUGUCAUCUACCGGUAUAUAGCUCUCUGUCACAAGCUGGUUGUGUAUCUGAUAACCCACGUAAGCUAACCUGCUUCCUGAUGACAUGUUCCUUGACAUGCAGUGAUAGACAAUUGUGAAAUGCCUUUGUUCUUGCCCCACAAAAGGCACCACCAUCGACUGCAUCCUAGAUGUUUCAGUUUGGUCAUGCAAUAUUGUGUUUAGCACAUUUUUCAGCUAUUUUCUUAACUAAAGUAAAAUGCGAGAUAUGGUGCUUACAGGGCUACAAUUAAUCUGCUUGAUAAGUAUUUUUAAUAGCCAUUUAAAGCUUUUAUAAUCAUGGUCUCAUAACGUAGUUUUAUAGUAGAAAUCAUCCUGUCAGCAAAAAUAGUCUAAUGUGAAUUUUUGGUUUUACUGUCAUUUAAGUUCAUUUCUGUGGUGCAGAUUCAUUGUGGAACCCUGCGUAUUUGAUCUUUUAAUGCUGGUACUUUACUAAAUAUUUGCCUCCCUGGAUUGAAAAAAAACAAACUUGCACCUGUGCACAACAAUGAUGAGUGGCAUAAGAUAUACGUAGUUUUACCACAUUGUCUCUGUUAAUCUUGGUGCAUGUGCCAUGGUCAUUUCCUGCGCUUAAGUCUGGCAACAACAGCGGGGCUGUUUGUACUGCCAUCCUUCCACAAACGAAUGCAGCUAGUAUUCCUCAUGAAUGUUUUGUCUGGCAAACUUUUGAGCAAGGGAAUUGGUCAAUAACCUUCUUCAUUUUUGGACCUAAAUUCAUAUCAGACAAUCAUGUAUCCAAUUAAGAGCUGUUAGAUAACUUGUCACCAUCACCAGGAACAAACCAAUGUGAUUGGGUGCAAAAUGAACACUCAUUUUAUUAAUGUACCGCUUUUUAAGAAAUUGAAAGCCUUUCAACAAUGUGAAAAAAACAUGACGUAUUCACUUUAACUACAAUUUAUCCACUUUUAUGCCCUACAGUUGCUUGUGAGGAAAAAUCAAGCCAGCAACCAUUAAGUUAAUAAUUUACAGGCAUAUCAAUAUAGUUUGCAAGACAGAGUUAUUUUAAAGAUGUUAUUUGAAUAUAUAACUAAUCCUUUUUUUUAAGCUGGUCACAUUUUUCUUUUUAAAUGUAUUGCUUUUUUAAAAAAAACUUCUGGCAUGGAGUUGCAUUUCAUAUUACAUUGUAAAAUAAAUGGUUGACUUUACAUUUUCAAAUAAGGGCUUUGAAAUGAAUUAAAAGUUUUAUAUAUUUACAACAAUGGUCCAAUCAUUGGGUGGUCAUUUUGGCCUGGAGGAGGUGUGAGGAUGUACGUACUGCGUCCGAACAUUUGAUGUAAAUAAAAUCAGUGUUUUAUUAGAACAAAAGUGUGCCUUACAAAAGUGAAAAUGUCUGAUAUAACAGUAUUGGUAGAACUCAAUAAACACUGAAAGGUCAA